AUGGAUUCCCAACAGCAAGUACCCCCGCCUGCCAUGUUUGCUCCAGGGCCACGGCAGAUGCGCAACUGCCUCCCAUGCAAAAAGCGCAAGAUCAAAUGCGAUCGAAAGAUACCUUGCGGACCAUGUGCGCUCCGUGACGACGUCGACAGCUGCACACCGGCUGUUGCCCUGCUGGAAGAGUACCCUGCAUACGCUCAGGAAGGAGGAUCGUUUGUGUCGGCUGCAGCGUUCAAGCUUCUCAGCGAGACCGUCGAGACACUCCAGAACCGGGUACACACUCUGGAGGCUCGCGUGUCCGCAGCGGCCGAUGCCUCCAGCCAGCCAGCAUCCCCAAUACAAACCCAAACACGGCGCGGGAGUGGUGGAGCAACUGCAUCACCUCCUCCCAGCAGUGCGGCGUACGCUGGCACCUCACGUCGCUACGUUGCGGAUGACGAAAUGAUCUUUGAGCUCGAAGAUCUCCACCAGCAGAACCGCAUCAACACGAUGCGCAACUUGAACUCUCCCCAGGACAAUACUCUUCCCUUACACUUGGGACGCAGCGCCGGUGGUGCAAUGUCCACGGACAUUGCUGUGGCGCCAAGGGUCAACUUUCUGGGAGACACGCAUCCACUCUCGUUCCUCCUCCCUACUGGCACCGACUACAUUGCUGCCGCUCUCGCCACCUUGCCCCAGCAACACCAAUGCGAGCUGCUUGUCAAGCAAUACUUUGACAGCGUGGAAUGGUUUCAGCGCUGUCUACAUUACCCUACAUUCAUGGCUCAAUGUCGCCAGUUCUGGGACAACACCACAACGACUCAUAACCUCUCGCCCGACUUCGUCUGCACCUACGUCAUGGUCGUCUGUCUUGGUCUUCGGAUGAUGGUCCCCGGAAGUCCCGGAGAGGCCGAGGCACUUGCCCUUGCAGAACGUCUCUUCCACGUUGCCGAGGGGGUCCUGUGGUGUUCCCGUUUUCUGCAGCGGCAGACAUUCGAGUCUCUCCAGGCCAUCUCGCUCAUGACUGUCUACGGUUUUGGGAUGGAGGACGGUGCGGAUGCGACCUGGGCGCUGUACGGUUCCGCUAUCAAGAUUGGCCAAAACCUGGGUCUUAAUCGCCUCGAGGAGGAAGCUUCUGAUAAGACAUGGGCCCCACUUUGGAGCAGCCGGCUACAGCGCGAGAUUGGUCGUCGUGUGUGGUGGACCUUUGUGUGUCUGGACUGGUCACACGCCGUUGCUCAUGGAUCCUCUUACUGCGUUCACCCAUCCCAAAAUCUCACUGCGCUUCCUGCCAACCUGCAAGACCACGAACUGGAUGACGAAACUGCCAUUCCUCUGCCAUUGGACACAUACACGCCCAUUAACAUGCAGAUCUUCAGAAUCAAGUUUGUCCACCUAUACCGCGAAAUCACCGACCACAUGGCGACGUACAAGACUCCCCAGUUUCCGUUCAUUAAAAAAGCCAUCAUCGACCUGGCCAACAGUCUGCCGAAACACUUUGCGGAACCUGAGAACCUUCCAGAGGAUGCUUCUCCUUCGUUGGUUACAGACGCCAUUUUCCUCAAUGUCAUGGCCAAUGUUCGCUUGAUCCGCCUCCACCGCUCCUACUUUUUACGUGGCUACCACGAUGGGCGUUUCACCAUUUCAAAGAAGCGAUGUCUGGAAUCUGCACAAACGCUUCUACGUCUAAUUGACUUGGCAGAGAAGAGAGUGCCGACGCUGCUCAGCUUUUGGGUGGUGCUGUUCUAUGCCUUCACUGCCGCCGUACCCGUGUGCAUCGAUUUUCUGUUUGAGCCCACCCCGCAGAAGCACAAAUCCGUGACCCAGAUCCUGGAGACAUUCCGAAGUCGAGAAUACCUUCCAGAGUCCCGCGCCACCGGCCCCCGAGCACCCGGCCAAGAGACGCCAACGAUCAAGAACAUUAUAUUUGCCAUCAACCGCCCUCAAGGCAAUGAGGCCGUCCAGUUUCCAAACGUCCUCGACAUGGCAAACACCAGGCAGCCCGCGGCUGUCCUUGACCUGUUACCCACUGACCAGCCCAUCCCCGACGCCAUGGUUGCUUGGGAGCUCAGCGACCAACUUUUUGGCAUGUUUGAGGCCGGUGAUAUCCUCAACACCCUGUGGUCGCAGACAGAGACCGUAUGGCUGUCCCAGUAG